UUAUUUGUAUUGUAUUAUUGCUUCGACAUUGGGGGGCCGGGUAGACCUAGUAUAGGCUUAGUAAAUUAGGACCACUAUGGUCACUAUAGUUGCUGGUAGAGUCGAGCACUUGGUAGUUAGGAUAGUGGGGUUAUGCUGUCGAAAUUUUGUUAGAUUUCAAGUAAUUUAUUAUAUUUUAUUUGUUUUUUUCAAUUAGAAUUUGCAAGAAUGAGUGAUAAUCGUACGUGGAUGUACGCGAGAUACAAUGAUCGUACCGCAUUUGAAACGGGGCUUGAGUUUUUCCUUGAGUGGGCGUUCAAUCAAACGGCGUACACAGAUGGACAAGGUAACAUUAGGUGCCCGUGUAAGAAGUGCAAGAAUCAAGCGUAUUUAGAUGUACCUACGGUCAGAGAACAUGUUAGUAGGCGUGGAUUUGUCCUGAAUUACAAAGUUUGGGUUUGUCACGGGGAAGCACCGCUGUCUAUGCCGAGAGAACAUGCUAUAAUGAAUGAGGAUGAUGGAUUAUACAAUAACUACGAAAGGAUGGUGCAUGAUCAUGCUGGACCUAGUAAUUAUCAAGAUCCUCCAAAUCUGGAGCAGCCGCCCAAUAAUGACGCUCAACAGAUUUAUAACAUGUUGGAUGCAGCGGAUACUCCAUUGUACGCAGGAUGUGACACGUACACACAAUUAAGUUGGAUGACUCAAUUCAUGAGCAUAAAGACUGAAAGCCACAUGUCAGAGAGGACUUACAAUCAGAUGUCUUCGAUGAUGAAAGCUGCUUUACCAGAGGGUAACAACUGUCCAGAAGACUUCUAUAGUACGAAAAGAAAUCUACGUGGUUUGGGUUUGCCAGUAGAGAAGAUCGAUUGCUGUGUUAAUAACUGCAUGUUGUAUUGGGGGGAAACUAGUGAGCUACAUAGUUGUAUGUUCUGUGACCAAUCACGAUAUAAGGACAGCUUGCGUGCAUCUGGGAGUCGCAGAAAGAAACAAGUGCCCGCCAAACAGAUGCACUAUUUUCCCUUGACGCCCCGAUUGCAGAGAUUGUUUGCAUCUCCUGCAACUGCUGAACAUAUGCGGUGGCAUGCGACCUCCACAGACGAUGGGAUAAUGCGCCACCCGGCCGACUCUCCGGCAUGGAAACAUUUGAAUUCAGUCUUUCCUGGAUUCGCCGAUGAGAUCAGAAAUGUGAGAUUGGGCCUCUCUACAGAUGGUUUUGCCCCAUUUGCACAAUCAGGGCGUCAAUAUUCUUCUUGGCCAGUUAUUGUCACGCCGUAUAACCUGCCUCCGUGGUUGUGCAUGAAAGAACAAUUCAUGUUCCUCACAGUCCUCGUGCCUGGCCCAUCAAACCCAAAGAUGAAGUUGGACGUAUUCUUACAGCCAUUGAUACACGAGUUAAAAUCUCUGUGGGAGGUUGGUGUGAACACUUACGACAUAUCGUUGAAGCAAAAUUUCCAGAUGCGAGCAGCUCUGAUAUGGACUAUCAGUGAUUUUCCAGCGUACGCUAUGUUGUCUGGGUGGGGUACAGCUGGGAAAUUGGCAUGUCCACAUUGCAUGGAGAAUACAGAAGCAUUCACUUUGCCGAUGAGUGGAAAACAAUCGUGGUUUGAUAAUCAUCGGAAGUUCUUACCUCCUAACCAUGUGUUUAGGAGAAACAAAACUUCAUUCUUAAGGAAUAAGACAUGCAAUGUUGGUCCACCAGAACAAAGAUCAGGAAUACAAAUCUUGAAUCAAAUCGAGGGGUUAGGCUUCGUGAAGGUUACCGAAGACUUCGAUGGCAGGAACGCUCAACUCGCCAAAUAUCAAGAUGUAGGGUGGAAAAAGAAAAGCAUAUUUUGGGAUCUACCCUAUUGGAGACAUCUUUUGAUUCGACAUAAUCUGGAUGUCAUGCACAUUGAGAAAAAUGUGUUUGAUAACGUGUUUAAUACUGUCCUGAAUGUGAAGGGGAAGACAAAAGAUACAGAAAAAUCUAGAGAAGAAUUGAACACCUUCUGCAAGCGGAAAGAGUUGAAGAAAGUGGAUGGAACUCGAGGGUAUCCGAAAGCAUGUUAUACGCUUGACAGAGAAGAGAAGAAGAUCUUACUUCAAUGGAUCAAGAGUCUUAAGUUUCCCGAUGGGUACGUGUCAAAUAUUAGUAGAUGCGUUGACAUGAACGCCCUGAAGAUGCACAACAUGAAAAGUCACGACUGUCACGUGUUCAUGCAAAUCCUUCUGCCUGUUGCAUUUAAAGAACUUCUUCCUAAGAAUGUUUGGGAGGCAAUUACAGAGUUAAGUUUCUUCUUCAGAGAAUUAACAUCCCGCAACGUGGCCAUAUAUGACAUGAGAAUACUGAGUGAGAAGAUAGCUGUUACUCUUUGCAAACUUGAGCGUAUCUUCCCUCCUAGUUUAUUUGAUUCAAUGGAGCACCUACCAGUUCAUUUGGCAGAUGAGGCACGAUUGGCUGGUCCAGUGCAAUAUCGGUGGAUGUAUCCUUUUGAAAGAUAUUUGAGGACAUUAAAAAAUCAUAUAAAAAACAAAGCCAAGGUUGAGGCGUCCAUCGCCAAUGCAUACUUACUUGCAGAAAUGUCAACCUUCUCUUCGUUUUACUUUGAAGAUCAAAUAUCUACAAAGUGGACAACUUUGCCUCGCAAUAUUGAGAUGCCCGUUGCUGAAAAUGAUGAUCCUCUUUGUCUCGCCAUAUUCAAACCUAUUGGGCGUUCACUUGGCCGAGGGACGAAGAGAUACAUGGAUGAGCGCGAAUGGCUUGCUGCACACAUGUAUAUUUUGAGCAAUUGUGCAGAGGUUGCAGAGACAUAUAGCAAGAUCUUCGAGGAGGAAAAACGAUAUGCAAAUCCUUACAUGACUGAUGCAGAGUUUGAAGUCGCGUUUCACAACGAGUUUAUUGUGUGGUUUAACCAUUACGUAAGAGACGAUAAAUUUAUGUUAAAUAUACAUUUACUUACUCUAAAAUUGGCUAGCAAACUUAAAUGAUAUUUGUGUGAAACAGGUUUGUCGUCCUUGUAACGACGAGUUGAACCCUUAUAUUAGGUCGCUUGCAGCUGGACCAUUAAGGGAGAUUGAAACAUACU